GAGUCAUUUCCCGUGGCGGGGUUACGUCACUUCCUCUUAAGCGCGGCGUCGCGCCGGGUCGUCCCCACGAGCGUUCAACAUGCGGAUUGAGAAGUGUUAUUUCUGUUCGGGUCCUAUUUAUCCAGGCCACGGCAUGAUGUUCGUUCGCAACGAUUGCAAGGUGUUCAGAUUCUGUAAAUCCAAGUGUCAUAAAAACUUCAAAAAGAAGCGCAAUCCUCGCAAGGUCAGGUGGACUAAAGCAUUCCGGAAAGCAGCUGGUAAAGAGCUCACAGUGGAUAAUUCAUUUGAAUUUGAAAAACGUAGAAAUGAACCUGUCAGAUACCAGCGAGAGCUAUGGAAUAAAACCAUUGAUGCAAUGAAGAGAGUUGAAGAGAUCAAACAGAAACGCCAGGCUAAAUUUAUAAUGAACAGGUUGAAGAAAAAUAAAGAACUACAGAAAGUUCAGGACAUUAAAGAAGUGAAGCAAAACAUCCAUCUUAUCCGGGCCCCUCUUGCAGAUGCUAUUCCUGCUUCUUUUCAGAUGAGUCCUUUCAGCUGGAAGCGACUUGCAAUAUUGAUCCUAGGAAGGCGGCCAACCACCAGCGGCUUCAGAUGGAACUCAAGCCUCUUUGCAUUGAGAUCUGGUUGUCUCUUCCCAAAGCCUAAAAUGCCUAAAAUUCCAGUUUCCUAAAAUG